CACGGCGGACCAGAAAAGGCAAAAACUUUUUUUUCCCAAAGAGGAAUAAACAACAGUGGAGUGAAUUAACUUUUGUCUUUGAGUGAAAGAAGAGGCAUUUGGACUGGCGUGUCUUUUCCAUUCAAAGGUGCAACCGUGUGACGCACCUGGUCCGGGCUCCUCCCCCUUCCUGCGUUGCCGUGGUUUCUCCCUCAGCUGGCUGGUCCCGCCGACCCCCUUAUCCUCCUCCUCAUCAUCGUCGUCGUCCUCUUCCUCCUUGUGCUCCCUCUCCUCCUCCUCCUCGCUGCUCCAGGCCACCAUGACACGCUCCAAGACCUUCCAGGCGUACCUCCCAAGCUGCCACCGCACCUACAGCUGCAUCCACUGCCGAGCGCACCUGGCCAAUCACGACGAGCUCAUCUCCAAGUCGUUCCAGGGAAGCCAAGGCCGAGCCUAUCUCUUCAACUCUGUGGUGAACGUGGGCUGCGGACCUGCAGAGGAGAGAGUGCUCCUGACGGGUCUGCAUGCUGUGGCCGAUAUCUACUGUGAGAACUGCAAAACCACGCUGGGCUGGAAAUAUGAGCAUGCUUUUGAGAGCAGUCAGAAGUAUAAGGAGGGGAAGUUUAUCAUUGAGCUGGCGCACAUGAUCAAGGAUAACGGCUGGGACUGAAAGACCUCCUCACACACAGACGCACAGACACCAGCGCCCAACGGGAUACUGGAUACAACCUCACUCACAGGCUGGGUCCUUUGCUACAGUAUGCUCUCUCGCUCUCUCUGACAGACACACAAACCCUCUCACACACUCCGAAGUGUACGUGGAGAGACAUACUCUUAUUUCCUGCUGUCGCAUAUUAACUUCAAGGAUAUAGGGCAGCCAUUGUGGCAAUCCUCAGUUACUUCCCAGAGAGAGUCAGUUGCAUAGUCCGUCUCUUUCUAGGCGUAUGUAUGUAUGUAGGUAUGUAGGUAUGUAUGUACUGAAGGUAUGCAUGACACAAAUGUGUAGGAAACACUAUAUACCGUAUGUAUGUAUGAGAUGUUCUGUAUGUAUGAGACAAACGUGUGUAGCAGACAUACAGUAUACAGUAUACUGAGAUGAAUGCGUGUGUGGUCGUGAGAUGUAGGCAUGAGAGCAGAGGUUGAGGAGACACAGUGGCUGUGUCUCCGAUGGUGCACUUGUGCACUUCGAGCUCUAUGUUUUAGUGUGUAAUUAGUACGCCAUACGCACUAAAACAGGGAUGUCAAACUCAGGCCCGGGGGCCAAAUUUGGCCCGCGAAGCCAUUUUAUACGGCCCAGGAGAUCAUUUCAAAUAUCUAUUACAGUUGGCCCACAUACACCCUAAUGUAUAGCGUAACAUUACUUGGACAUGAAAUGUGCUGUGUCCUGGGAUGUGCAGACACAUUUGAACUAACAAACAUGAUGGGAAAGAGUGUGUGUGAAAUGUAACUAUGAAUAUGAAGUGCAUGUACACACAAUUUUAGUCAAUUUUUAAAAAUAAACGUUGAGUUCGGCCCGAGACUUCAUUCCAGAUUUUGAUUUAGGCCUUCGGUCAAUUUGAGUUUGACACCCCUGCACUAAAACGUGAACACUGAAGUGCCCAAGUGCACCAUUUGAGAUCCAGCAACAGUGCCUGGCUGUAGGCCUACUAGGGUAAUGGCCCCAGGAAGUAGAAAGGCGGGACUUCCUGGGCAAUACUCAUAGACAUACUCUGUGUUCAAUAUGCACAAAACAUUGCAAGUUUUGGCCAAAUCAAAAUGGGAGCUUGAUCAGCACAUUAAAACCAGUGCAGUGGUUGAACACAGGGACAGUGUGUCUAUACAUACAUGACUAUGGGUUCACACAUGGCUGGAGGAGUUGAUUGUCACUUCUACUGGGCUGGCCUCAGCAUAGAUAGACGCCCCAAACCCGCCUUAGCUUGGCUACCGAGUAAGGUCUUGUCCUGUUCAAAGGAAAGCUGUGUACACUAUGCUCCCGCGACCUUAAUGGCACUCGUUUGAUAACGUGUCUGAUUUUGGCUGAAAAGCUGUUUUAAUUGUAUGAUUUUGGCUGAAAAGCUGUUAAUUAUGUAUUAUGUAUUUUAUACAUAAUUAAUUAUGUAUUCUGAAAACAAAUGUGAUUGAAUGACGUGACUUAGAUUUGAGCUGAGCUUUUAUU